UGAUUGAUCCAGGUCCGGGCGCGCGACUCGGGGGUGGGCGGGGCCCGAACCGGGUAUAAAAGAAGCCGCGGCGAGGCUCGUGCCGCUUUGCAGACGCCACUGUCGCUUUCCGCCGCUUGCUGCAGCCAUGGUCAACCCCACCGUGUUCUUCGACAUCGCGGCCGAUGACGAGCCCUUGGGCCGCGUCUCCUUCGAGCUGUUUGCAGACAAAGUUCCAAAGACAGCAGAAAACUUUCGUGCUCUGAGCACUGGAGAGAAAGGAUUUGGCUAUAAGGGUUCCUCCUUUCACAGAAUUAUUCCAGGAUUCAUGUGCCAGGGUGGUGACUUUACACGCCAUAAUGGCACUGGCGGCAGGUCCAUCUAUGGAGAGAAAUUUGAGGAUGAGAACUUCAUCCUGAAGCAUACAGGUCCUGGCAUCUUGUCCAUGGCAAAUGCUGGACCAAACACAAACGGUUCCCAGUUUUUUAUCUGCACUGCCAAGACUGAAUGGCUGGACGGCAAGCAUGUGGUCUUUGGGAAGGUGAAAGAAGGCAUGAACAUUGUGGAAGCCAUGGAGCGCUUUGGGUCCAGGAAUGGCAAGACCAGCAAGAAGAUCACCAUUUCCGACUGUGGACAACUCUAAUUUCUUUUGACGUGCGGGCAUUUUACCCAUGAAACCAUUCCUUCUGUAGCUCAGGAGAGCACCCCUACCCCAUCUGCUCGCAAUGUCCUGUAAUUUCUGCUCUCACUGAAGUUAUUUGGGUUCCAUAUUUUCCUCAUUCCCCUUCAGGUCUAGCUGGAUUGCAAAGUUAAGUUUAUGAUUAUGAAUAAAAACUAAAUAAGAACUGUU